CUCAACGCGAUCCGUUACGCUGUGCGGAGCAUCGCCGGCCAGUGCCAAGCCAAAACAAACAUGCAGGUUGUGUUCACCAUCAACGGGAAGGUCUACAAAGCGAAUAGUGGCACCGUUCCGGUUGAGACAUCGCUCGGCACAUUUCUUCGCUACCAUGCCCAGCUCAAGGGCACCAAGUUCAUGUGCCGCGAGGGUGGCUGCGGGGCCUGUAUUGUCAACAUAACCGGCCAGCACCCCGUCACCAAGAGCAUCAUAUCGCGCGCCGUUAAUUCGUGUCUGUUUCCGCUGUUCUCCUGCAACGGACUCGACAUCGUGACGGUGGAAGGAAUCGGAAACAAGCUGAAAGGUUACCAUGCGACCCAGCAACGGUUGGCCCAUUUCAACGGGACCCAGUGUGGUUUCUGCUCUCCGGGUAUGAUCAUGAAUAUGUAUUCGUUGCUGGAAGCGAAGCAAGGCAAUGUGACGAUGGAAGAGAUCGAGAACUCCUUCGGUGGGAACAUCUGUCGCUGUACCGGUUAUCGGCCGAUCCUGGACGCGUUCAAAUCGUUGGCGGUGGAUGCAGAUCCAAAGCUACUGGCCGCCUGUCAGGACAUUGAGGAUGUGCCGAAGAUUUGUGCCAAAAGUGGUGCCCGGUGCACCACCAGUGGGUCCUGCUCGAUGGCGGCGUUAUGCGAGGAAGCGAAUGAUAUACAUCUGAGCUUCCAGGGGGGCAAAGAGUGGUACAAGGUGGAAAACGUGCAAACCGUGUUCAAGGUUUUCGACAAGAUUGGCACGAAACCGUAUAUGCUGGUUGCGGGAAACACUGCCACAGGAGUCUAUCGACGAUCGAACGAUCUGGAGGUAUUCAUCGACAUUAGUUCGGUAGCUGAUCUGCGAGUUCACUUCUUCAACGAUGCACUCAUUAUCGGUGCCAACGUAACACUGACCGAGCUAAUGGCAAUACUGGAAGAGGCGAGCCAAACGGAGGGCUACGAGUACUGUGGUGAGCUGGUGAAGCACCUGGAUCUGGUCGCUAAUGUGCCGGUCCGGAAUGUCGGUACGAUUGCCGGAAACCUGAGCAUCAAGCAUCGCCAUCCGGCCUUUCCUUCCGAUGUGUAUCUGCUACUGGAAGGCGUUGGUGCUCGGCUAACGAUCGCAACAUCCCACGUCAGUACCAAGAGCGUCACGGUGGAAGAGUAUCUGGCGCUCGGUAUGCACAAGAAAAUCAUUCUGAACGUGCUGCUGUACCCGAUGGAUGCGUCCCGGUACACACUGCGAACGUAUAAAAUCAUGCCCCGGGCACAAAACGCACACGCAUACGUCAAUGCAUCCAUCCUGCUGAACAUCCAGGAAUCGGUCGUUCGCUACGCUUCGAUCUGUUACGGUGGCAUCAAUCCACGGUUCACACACGCCACUACCCUGGAAGAGUUUCUGAUCGGAAAGAACGUCUUCGAUGAUGCCGUACUCCAGGAAGCGCUCUCCGUGCUCGAUAGUUCACUGGAACCGGACGCGGAACAGCCCGACGCAUCACCAGACUAUCGCAAACAGCUCGCAAUGUCACUGUUCUAUCGCGCAACACUUAGCAUUGGGAGUGUGCACAACAUCCGCCUCAAUCCCCUGUACGCUUCCGGUGCAGUAACACACACUCGGUUGCCUUCCCGGGGUCAACAGACUUACGACACGAUACAGGAGCACUGGCCGAUGACGAAGAACAUACCGAAGGUGGAAGGACUUGCCCAGACGGCCGGUGAAGCGGAUUACAUCGACGAUCUGCCCAAUCAACCGCACCAGCUGUUCGGUGCACUCGUACUGGCCAGGAAACCACACCACCGGAUCGUGAGUAUCGACGCCACCGAAGCGCUGAGUCGGCCCGGUGUAGAAGCUUUCUACUCCGCCAAGGACAUUCCGGGUACGAACAAUUUUAUGCCCACGGAACUGGGCAACAAAGAGACCGAAGAGAUCUUCUGUAGCGAUCGAGUGCUGUACCACGGACAACCGGUGGGCAUCAUCUUGGCCGAAAGCUUCGACGAAGCCUACCGAGCGGCCCAGUUGGUCACGAUCGAGUAUGGGCAGUCUAGCGAGUGCGAGCAACCGGCAAUCUUGUCAACGGUUCGUGCUGUCCUCGCGGCAGAAGCCGCUACCGAGCGCAUUCACCUCAGCGAUGAAGUGCAGAUCGGGGAGCAGUAUCGGGAACGGGAUGAAGGUGAAUCCGGCACGAUGAGCAUGAGAAUGGAGGGGAGCUUCGAUCUACCGAGCCAGUACCAUCUGUCGAUGGAAACACAACAGUGUAUCUGUGUGCCGAUCGACGAUGGGAUGGAUGUGUACAGCUCGACACAGUGGGUCGACAUUUGUCAGAUUGCGAUCGCCAGAGCGCUACUGGUGCCCGAGAACAGCCUGAACUUCCGGAUCCGCCGGUUGGGCGGUGCUUUUGGGUCGAAGAUAUCGCGAGCGUCUCAGGUGGCGUGUGCUUGUGCGAUCGCGGCUCACUUCAGUCAACGACCGGUACGGUUGAUAGUGUCGCUCGAAGACAACAUGGCCGCCAUCGGUAAACGGUCGGCCUGUGCCAGUAACUACGAGAUCGAGGUGGACGAGCGGGGCAAGGUGCGACGGUUGCUGAACCAGUUCUACCAGGAUUCGGGCUGCAGUCUGAACGAACCGGUCGAGAAGGUGACUUUCCUGUUCUACCGUAACUGCUACGAUACAUCGGCGUGGAAGGUGUUGGGCCACAGUGUGCUCACCGAUACGCCCAGCUCCACUUACUGUAGAGGCCCGGGAACGAACGAAGGCAUUAGUAUGGCUGAAAAUUUCAUGGAACAUAUCGCUCAUAGGAUGGGGCUCGAUCCGCUGGAGGUACGGCUGCAGAACUUGCCCGAGGAUAGCAAAAUGCGCGAGCUGUUGCCACAGUUCCGUGCUGAGGUUGAGUAUGAUGAGCGGCGCAAGGAGAUCGAGCAGUUUAACCGCGAGAACCGCUGGCGUAAACGUGGAAUUGCCAUUGUUCCGAUGAGGUACCCGCAAUACUUUGUAGGAACAAUGCACGCCCUGGUCUCGAUAUACCACGCGGACGGUACGGUGGCAAUCACUAGCGGUGGAAUUGAUAUGGGGCAAGGUGUGCACACUAAGGUCCUGCAAGUUGCUGCACGCACGCUGGGCAUUCCGAUGAGCAUGAUAAAGGUCAAAGCGAUGGCCAACAUCACUUCACCUAACGCUAUUGUGUCCGGCGGAUCAAUGACCUCUGAUGCAGCCUGCUAUGCAGUGAAAAAGGCGUGCGAGAUGCUGAACGUACGAAUCAAACCAAUCCGGGACGAAUGCAAGGAUGCAACAUGGGAAAAGAUCACCCAACGGUGCCAUGAGCAACAUGUUGAUCUGUGCGCACUCUACCAGUACAACGUGAAAGAGAUGCAACACUAUGCCGUCUGGGGGUUGACCUGCGCCGAGAUUGCGGUCGACAUUCUUACCGGGAAUGUGCAGAUUUGCCGCGUUGAUAUCCUGGAGGAUGUCGGAGAAAGCAUCAGCCCCGGCAUCGAUAUCGGACAGAUCGAGGGUGCGUUCGUGAUGGGCAUUGGAUUGUACUUUACCGAGCAGCUCGUGUACAGCAACGAGUCCGGUGAGCUGCUUACAAACCGUUCCUGGAACUACAAACCACCCGGUGCCAAGGACAUACCGGUGGACUUUCGGGUAAAGUUCCUGCAGCGCACACACAACGAGAACUUUGUGCUACGCUCCAAAACCACCGGUGAACCGGCACUGAACAUGACGGUUUCGCUUCUAUUCGCGCUACGGAUGGCGCUGAAUUCGGCACGACAACAGGCUGGCCUUCCAGAUGACUGGUAUACCAUUGAUGUUCCCGCAACUCCUGAGCAAAUUUACUUGCUGGCUGGCAACACCGCCAACCAGUUCAGGUUAUCGUGAAGUGAAUGUUUAUCAUUAAGAGAUGUAGUGCAAGAUGUCAGUUUUUUAUCAAUAAACAGGUGGCAUGGAUCGAUUAGCAAAAACCCAA